UCCCCCCCCUCACCCUCCAACCGUUCCCCCUCCGCUCGCCUUCGUCAGCGAUGGCGGCUGCGGGUGGCGGCGUAAUGGGAAGCGGCGACGGCUUUUACUUUAACACCGUGCUCAGCCUGGCGCGCUCCCUGGCCGCUCAGAACCCGGCGCCUCUCGAUAAGGUGCAAAAGGUGCUGGGCAUGUGCCCAUUGGAUCAACAAGGGGUAUGCCAGCUGGACCACCGGAGGAGGGAUGCUGUCAUAGCACUUGGGAUAUUUCUCUUGGAAUCGGGUUUGCAGCACAAAGAACACUUGGUUCCUUACCUACUGCAGCUGCUGAAAAUGCUUCCUAAUGUCCAAUGGAUUGAAGACUAUGUUGGGAAGCGUGACAGAGAGAGGCUGCCCGUGGCGGAGUCAUUUAGCUUUUGUUUGGUGACGCUCCUCUCUGAUGUUGCUCAGAGAGAUCCGCUCAUUCGAGAGCAGAUUCUGGAAGCAUUACUUGAUACCUUGCAAGAAUUACUUCAAAUUUGUGAGGAUCCCCAUAAUGACAGAGAUGUCUGCCAGUAUUCAGUGCCUUGCCUUAUUGGCAUGUCACGAGCAUUUGGCCGUUACAGCAAUGAAGAUGAUUCACUUCUUUCGAGGCUAUUCCCGAAAGUGACCUUGCAAUCGGUGGCACAAACAACAGAUCCAGAUGCUAUUCGGAGGAGAUCUUUCCACGAUUUCCGCUCCAUCAUGCCCUCAUCAUUGAUGCAAGCCUGUGGGCCAAGUGAUAGCCUCCGACGAAAUGUAAAUAGCGUCGCCAGCUUUGCGCAGUUUCAACUAAGUCCAGAAAAGGGUGGCAGUCAGAUGCCAAGUUCCCCAGGCUAUGCCACACUACAGUACUGGGAAGGUGCGUCAUAUAAUGAUGCGCCAGUGAAUGACCCGGACUUUUACUUCACCGUCCUAAGUUCUAGCUUCUCCACAUCGCCUCUCAACACAAAAGACACCUGCCAACAAAUGGACACUCCUAUUCUACUGCUAAAGAGACUUUUGGACAUGGUAAAACGCUUGGUAAAUGACAACAUGCUCAGAACUCUGGACAAGAUUUUACUUGAAACAAUUGAUUGUAACCCAUCAACAUACCUUUACUACAGAAACUUCAGUAACAUCCUUUAUGUAGCAGCUUUCAAGAUGCUCAGGGACACCCUUUUAAACUGUUUGAAAGAUCUGCCUUCAGUAUUUGUGAAGGAGGUACAUGACUUUGUUUUGGAGCAAUUCAACAGCAGCCAAGCAGAGUUGCAGCGAAUGCUGCACGAUGCCGAUCGGCCUCAUGGGGAGUCGAGCUCACUCAAGCUCCGCUGCCAGGCAAAUGCUGCCUGUGUGGACCUUAUGGUGUGGGCGGCUAAAGAUGAACAAGGCGCUGAGACCCUUUGUGUCAAGUUGUCUGAGAAAUUACAGACAAAAACAUCCAGCAAAGUGAUUGUGGCACACAUGCCUCUGUUGAUCUGCUGUCUGCAGGGCUUAGGAAGGCUCUGUGAGCGCUUCCCAUCUGUGUCCAACUCCGUGACUGUGUGUCUGCGGGACUUCCUUGUUGUUCCGUCCCCCGUGCUGCUCAAACUCUACAAGCUCCACUGCCAGUUCCAGAGUGGUAAGGAGAUGGGAGGAAAUGACAUAAAGAUCAGUGUGACGAAUGAGUUUGCGGAAUCCACUGUCAAUGUUGUGGCCAGCAAGAAGAUUCAGCCCUCGAUGUAUGAACAGCUGAGGGAUAUGGCUAUUGACAACAUAUGCAGAGCCCUCAAGGGUGGUCUUAUCGAGGAGCCAGUGAUUGUGGAAGCGUUUCUUGCUACACUCUCCAACCGUCUCUACACUUCUCAAGACAAUGAAAAAGAUGGUCAGCUGAUUCACGAGCACACAAUCCGUGCCUUGGGGCACAUCGCUGUGUCUUUGCGUGACACCCCACGCACAAUGGAAUCCAUCUUGCAGAUUCUCCAGCAAAAGUUCUGCCAGCCGCCCUCCCCUCUUGAUGUCCUCAUCAUUGACCAGCUGGGGUGCAUGGUUAUUACUGGCCCUCAACACAUCUACCAGGAAGUACUGAACCUUUUCCAACAGAUCAGUGUAAAGGCCAGCUCUGUUGUUUAUUCACAAGCCAAGGAUAUGAGAGACCAUGGCUACAGGCAUUGUUCUGUGGCGGUCAUCAAUGCACUGGCAAACAUCGCGGCCAACCUGCAGGGGGAGCAGCUGGUCGAUGAGCUGCUAGUCAAUCUCCUGGAGCUUUUUGUGCAGCUGGGCCUGGAAGGAAAGCGCGCCAGCGAGAGGGCCAGCGAGAAAGGCCCUGCCCUAAAGGCCUCAAGCAGCGCUGGAAAUUUGGGAGUACUAAUUCCAGUAAUUGCUGUGCUGACACGAAGGCUCCCUCCGAUUAAGGAAGCCAAGCCAAGACUACACAAGCUCUUCAGAGACUUCUGGUUCUACUGCGUCGUCAUGGGCUUUGCUGUACAGGGUUCAGGGCUUUGGCCAGAGGAAUGGUAUGAAGGAGUUUGUGAAAUCGCCACCAAGUCUCCGCUCUUGACCUUCCCAAGCGGCGAGCCACUGCGAUCGGAGCUGCAGUACAAUUCGGCUCUAAAAAAUGACACAGUGUCUGCGGCGGAACUGACUGAGCUGCGGAUGAGCAACGCAAACCUUUUGGAUCCAAUUCAGGAAGUAAUUGCGCUCAUCAAUAAGCUGGAUUUUGCCAUGUCCACCUACCUGCUGUCUGUUUACCGCCUUGAGAACAUGCGGGUGUCACAUUCAGUGGACCAGGAUAGGUUUCAAGUGAUGUUCCUUUAUCUGGAGGACAGAGCCAUCCAAAAGGAUAAGGCAGGGAUGAUGCAGUGUGUGGCGGCUGUAGCAGACCGAGUUUUUUACGUAUUCUUGCAUGUUAUGGCUGAGAAGCCGAAGACCAAGGAAAAUGAGCAAGAGUUGGAACGACAUGCACAGUUUCUCUUGGUCAACUUUAACCACAUCCACAAACGCAUUCGGAGAGUAUCGGACAAGUACCUUUCUGGGCUGGUGGAUAAGUUCCCACAUAUGCUGUGGAGCGGAACUGUGCUGAAGACCAUGCUGGACAUUCUGCAGACUCUCUCCCUCUCUCUGAGUGCGGAUCUUCACAAAGACAAGCCCAAUUACUCCAUUCCUGACACGCCAUACAUCAUCACAGUUCCUGACACCUUUGAAGCCAGAGAGAGCAUUGUGCGUGACUUUGCUGCUCGAUGCGCUGGCAUUUUGCAAGAAGCCAUGAAGUGGGCUCCUUCAGUGACCAAAUCCCAUCUGCAGGAAUAUUUGAACAAGCAUCAGAAUUGGGCUGCAGGACUCACACAGCACACUGGCCUGGCAAUGGCAAUCGAAAGCAUUCUGCAGUUUGCCGGCUUCAAUCGUCAAAAUGCCAGCCUCGGAUCAACUUCGUCUCUGUUGCCUCAGAGCAACUUAUUGCAUGACCGGCCGGGCUGUGUGAAGAAGGAUUACUCCAGUUUCAUGGCAUCGCUCAAUCUCCGCAACAGAUAUGCAGGGGAGGUUUCGGGGAUGAUGGAGAUGUACACCAUCAUGGGGAGUCAAGGCGACCUCAAUCGCCUGCUCGUUAAACAACUCAAUGAUGCCCUGAGCUCCAGAAACCCAGAGGCUUACACGCAGGGAAUGUUCAAACUCGCCGCUCUGCUCAUCAACAGCAAGGAGUGUGAUUUGCAGCUGCUCCAUCAUCUCAGCUGGGCGCCACAAGAGAUGUUCACUGAUGCUGGCAUGGAGGCAGCCAUUGCCUGCUGGGAGUGGCUGCUUGCCGCGAAGCCAUGCCAGGAAACCAGGUUCUUGCGGGAGGUCGUGGGUGCUUGGCAGAUGACGGUGGAGAAGCGUAUGGGACUUUUCUCCCCUGACCAAAAGGAGGCAGACCCUCUGGCUGCCUCGGAGGAGAGCCAGCCAUGCCCAUGCCCUCCUUCCAUCACCCCACACCAGCUGUGGAUUGAGUUUCUGGUGCAGCGGUUUGAGAUCGCAAAGUACUGCAGCGCCGACCAGGUGGAGAUCUUCUCCAGUGUCCUGCAGCGCUCCCUGUCUCUCACCGUGGGAGGGCCCGACAGUGGUAUCAACCGACACGUGGCUGCCAUCGGCCCGCGCUUCAAGCUUCUCUCUCUGGGCCUGUCAAUGCUGCAUGCGGAUGUGUUGACCAGCACCACUGGCAGGAACGUACUACGGGAGAAGGUCUACUCCACAGCGUUUGAUUAUUUCAGUGUUGCACCCAAGUUCCCAACACAGACCACCAAGGCUCUACGCGAGGACAUCAGUGUGAUGGUCAAGUUCUGGAUGGCUAUGUAUUCUGACAAGAAAUACUUGAAUGCCAACCAGUUGGUACCACCUGACGUACAAGACUUCUCCGCAAACAAUCUAACCGUCAUGAACGUUGGAGAUUCUCGUAACAAUUUGGAUGUGGCCAUGGGCUCUCGGCAGCCGGCCAACCAGGGCUGGAUCAACACAGUGCCUCUCUCCAGCGGAAUGUCCACUCUGUCCAAAAAAUCAGGUGCAUCUAAAAAGACCAACCGUGGUACCCAGCUGCACAAGUACUACAUGAAACGGCGAACUCUGCUUUUGUCUCUGCUGGCGAGCGAGAUUGAGCGCUUGAUGACAUGGUACGAUUCUCUGUCUUCGCCUGACAUGGCCAUCGAUACGGCCGGCGAGGAAAACGUGGCAGCUUGGCGCACCAAGUAUACCAACCUGACGGAGAAACAGUGGAGGGACAACGUCAACCUCGCUUGGACCAUCUCUCCUUAUCUCGCCAUCCAGCUGCCAACCAGAUUCAGGAAUUCAGAAGCCAUUUCCAAGGAAGUGACUCGUCUGGUCCGGUUAGAUCCUGGAGCGGUGAGCAACAUCCCUGAAGCAAUCAAGUUCUUGGUCACGGAACACACGGUAGAGGCCGACGCUCCGGAGCUCAGCCACAUUCUGUGCUGGGCCCCGACCGACCCCCCUACGGCGCUUUCGUACUUCUCACGCCUCUACCCACCGCAUCCGCUCACGGCGCAAUACGCCGUGAGGGUGCUGCGCUCCUUCCCGCCGGAUGCCAUACUCUUUUACAUUCCCCAGAUUGUCCAGGCAGUUCGGUAUGACACGAUGGGCUACGUAAGAGAGUACAUUCUCUGGGCUGCGAAAAAAUCUCAACUGCUCGCCCAUCAGUUCAUAUGGAACAUGAAGACCAACAUCUUCUCAGAUGAGGAAGGCCACACAAAAGAUGUGGAGAUUGGGGAAACUUUGGAGAGCCUGGUCGAUGAGAUCACAAAUGCGUUGUCCGGUCCAGCGAAAGAGUUUUACCAGCGCGAGUUCGACUUCUUCAACAAGAUCACCAACGUGUCUGCCACCAUCAAACCCUAUCCAAAGGGUGCAGAGAGAAAAGCUGCAUGUUUGAAGGCAUUGUCUGAAAUCAACCUUGAACCAGGUUGCUACCUUCCAAGUAACCCUGAAGCUAUAGUGCUGGAUAUUGACUACCAGUCCGGGUUGCCCAUGCAAAGCGCGGCUAAAGCACCGUACCUGGCCAAGUUUAAAGUCAAGCGAUGCGGCGUUUCAGAGCUCGAAAAAGAAGGGUUGAUGUGCCGGCGAGAGUCGAUAUCCGGCACUGGUGAUGACAAGAGGAAGGUUAAUGAGGACAUUUACUGGCAGGCAGCAAUCUUCAAAGUAGGAGAUGACUGCAGACAGGACAUGCUGGCCCUUCAGAUCAUUGGGCUCUUCAAGAAUAUUUUCCAGCUCGUUGGGAUGGAUCUGUUUGUGUUUCCAUAUCGAGUGGUGGCCACUUCUCCUGGGUGUGGUGUCAUAGAGUGCAUCCCAGACUGCAAGUCCCGUGACCAGCUGGGUCGUCAGACAGACAUCGGUAUGUACGAGUACUUCCGAAACCAGUACGGGGACGAGUCCACGGAGGCCUUCCAAAAAGCUCGUUACAAUUUCAUCCGCAGCAUGGCAGCGUACAGCCUGCUUCUCUUCCUCCUUCAGAUUAAAGACCGCCACAAUGGAAACAUCAUGUUGGACAGCCAGGGGCAUCUCAUUCACAUCGAUUUUGGGUUCAUGUUUGAGAGCUCCCCGGGAGGAAAUCUCGGCUGGGAGCCAGACAUCAAGCUCACGGACGAGAUGGUGAUGAUCAUGGGUGGCAAAAUGGAGGCCACCCCAUUCAAGUGGUUCAUGGAAAUGUGUGUCCGCGGAUACCUGGCCGUCAGACCAUACAUGGAUGCAGUCAUUUCUUUGGUGGCCCUCAUGCUUGAUACUGGUCUGCCAUGUUUCAGAGGCCAGACCAUCAAGCUUCUUAAACAACGAUUCGCACCAAACCAGAGCGAGCGAGAUGCAGCAAACUACAUGAUCAAAAUCAUCCAGAACUGCUUCCUCAGCAACAGGAGUAAGACGUACGACAUGAUUCAGUACUACCAGAAUCAGAUUCCAUAUUAGCUGAAUGUUCACGUGUUGGAGCUUUGCACUUUCUUGUUUCGUUGUAAUAAAGGCGCUUUACCUCCCUGAUUUUUUGAAAUUAUUACUCCCUACUCACAUUCUUUUCCAUGCCGCCUUAGUUCAGGCCUAUAGCAUAAUAAACUAAUUAUCAUUUAUUCCAUCUUAAAACAGGUGAUAAAACGGAUGAUAUUUGCAUGAAAUUGUAGUGCGUUGUAUAGCUCUUAAGUUACAAAAUGGUAGACGUAAUUUCGAAGCACUUUGCACAAACCCCUUGUUACGAUUCCUGAAACUUCAUCCCGUGAUUGCGAACCAAAAAAACACCUGCAGCAACUCACGUUUCAGUUUUGUUUCUUCAAAAGAUCAAUGUGUGCUUUGUUUUACAUGUCUGAUAUACCAUGAGCCCUAUAGUUUUCCUCACCUUGUAUUAUAUAUAUGUCAAACAUAUCAAGAAGGUGUUGUAGAUCGUUCAGUAGUUUACAGUAAAAUUAUAAAUGUGCAAAUAUUGUUUUAAAUUAAACUUUCUUGAGGAUGAAAUAUAAUUAGAAUAUAAAACUGUGACAGAUACCGGCAUUGUUCUAAAAAUGUACAAAAUAAUAAAGGCGACCACUCUUUGAUCACAA